AUGGUCGUGAAAUACGAAAAGGCGCAUGGGCAGCAUGGUCUGUGGAAUCAGUUUCGCCGAGUUCCAGCGCCUGUAGCCUUGGCAAUUGGAAUCCUAUUUGGUUUCAUCUUUGCCCGCAUAGCUCCUUUCUCAACUUCCUCGGUGCCAGUGUGGCGAAGCGGACACGUCCCUGCAGUUAAAGCUCGGUCAACCUCGCGCUACCCGAUCCCACCACCGACACUCGACCAGCGCAAGCGUGUCCUCCAACUCCUCACAACCCUCACACCGCACUACACAAAGAAAUGCACACGCAACGCCCAACCCCUCUACGCGCAACAAGCUUUAGACCGGUAUAAGCCCCUCAUCGGACACAGCCCGCCCCUCUCCCCCUCCUGGCUCUCCUCCCUCCUCGGCCAAGACAACGACGACAUCCACGCCCAACAACGACGGGACCUCCAAAACAGCGACCACAAAUACUUCUUCGCCAUCAACCUCUACAACUCGUUCGACGUCAUCCCCGACCUGUUCGCCACCCUCUUCAGGGUCUCCGCGAUCCUGGGCUACCACAACGUCUUCGUCUCCAUCUACGAGAACGGCUCCACGGACCAGACUAAAGCCCUCCUCCGCAUCUUCGAUGCUCUAACCAGGAGCGUAGGCAUGCGCGUCAUGAUCCGCACCUCGACGCGCACCCGCGGCGCCUUCAACCACCGCAUCGAGUACCUCGCCGAGGUGCGCAACUCGGCCUUCGUGCCCCUCCACGAACUCCGCGAUUCAGAGGGCGAGUACUUUGACUCCAUCGUAUUCAUGAACGACAUCCUCCCCUGCGUCGACGACCUCCUCGAGCUCAUCUGGCAGUCCAGGCGCAACAACGCCGGCAUCACCUGCGCCGCCGACUACAUGUACCACGAGGAGAUCCAGGCUCCCGUCUUCUACGACAACUGGGUCGCGCGCGAUAUCAACGGUACGGCGCUGGAGAACGCCCCCUUUGAACGGGUGUUCCACCACCAGCCUUCGUCGAAUAGGUGGCAGAAGCAUUUGCCUAUUCAGGUACAGUCGUGCUGGAAUGGGAUCGCCGUGCUGGACCCUGCCCCGUUCUACUCCCCCGCCCCCGUCAAGUUUAGGAUGGCGAGGAUCACGGAGGGAGAGUGUAGUGCCAGCGAGUGUAGUUUGAUCUGCAACGAUUAUUGGGAGGCUGGGUUUGGGAGGAUCAUGAUGGUUCCCCGAGUCAAAUUGGCGUAUGAUAGUCGGGUAUACGACAUCAUCCACCCCAACAGACGCAACCUCACGGCAAUCAGGGGGUACACUCGCCUCGGCGGCCUCCCCGACGACCCACGAACGGACCCCCAGGACCGCACCUGGUUCGGCCCACACGAUAGGCUGUUCAUCGAGGAAGAGAGUGAACCACUGGAGUUUGAACCCGGUCCUUCUCAUGUAUGGUGCUGGGGCUGGGACGGCGCCGGCGACCUCGACGGGCCCGACGUCGACCCCAUCUGGGAACCCACACCCAACAAAUCGCGCAGUCCGGACGCGGUGGUGGUUAGGCAUGAUAGGAGUAUGAAUUUGUUGUAG